AUGUCCUCUCGUUAUCUGCCAGUCUUUGGCGCACUCUUCUUCACACUCGCUGCAGCUCAAAAUACAGUCUCACUCGCCAUCACCGCUCAACCCACCUCGGGCGCCUCGGGAAUCAUCAGUCCUUCGUUUGCCGGCUUCGGUAUCGAAUCCUCCAAUCUCUUUUCCUUCACGGGCGGCAGUGACGAGAACCAACUCACCAAGAACUUGUUGGGAAAUUUGGCAAACUACACAGGUACUCCACCGCAUCUGCGCAUCGGAGGCAAUACUCAGGAUUACUUCAUUUACGAGGACUCUCAAGAUGACUAUGCGUGGGAGCCCAACCCACACCCGGUUGGGCAGGGAGCUUAUGCAACCGACUCGAUGAUUAUUGGACCUAGGUUCUUCGAGGUCAUCAAUCGCUUCCCCAGCAAUACACCAAUUACCUUCGGCUUAAACCUGGCCUACUCGGAAUCCGACUACAUCCAGCGAAUCACCACUAUGGCAACGCAAGCCGUCACUCGAUUGUCCGACGUCAAUCUGGUGUCGUUUGAGAUUGGCAACGAGCCUGAUCUGUAUCUGCAGAAUGGGUUCCGAACAGGCUCCUGGAGCGGGCAGGUUUACACUCAAGAGUGGCUGGAUCGAGCAAGUGCUAUCUGGGAACAAGUCCUUCAACCGAACAACCUACCUAGCAAUUUCUUUGAGCCUGGAGCCACAGCAUCAACUAUCGGGACGUCUUUCAUGAUCGAGGAUUUGGAUCAGUUUGGCAUCACGGUCAAGGCCAACGGGUCGUCAAAACCGUAUGUUGCCAGCUGGAAUCAGCAUGAUUACUACUAUUACAUUGGGGUGUCGACCUAUCCAUUGACAGCAUACGAGUUUAUGACCCUGUCCACAACCAACGACCAGUUUUCGGCUUGGGUAUCACAGAUCCAGCAAGCAGAAGCCACGGGUUAUCCAUAUGCUUUGCGAGAGAUGGGCGUUGUUGGUCCAAUUGGCUUGGCUGACAUUACCGACGUCUUUGGAGCUGCGCUGUGGUCCCUCAAUUUCUUCCUCUAUGCAGCUACCCUCAACAUCUCUUCGGUGCAGAUGCACAUGACCGACAAUAGCAAUGCUAGUGCCUGGCAGCCCAUCCCGUAUUAUGGCAAUCAACCAUUUGUGCGACCGAACUAUUAUGCAUUUGCUGCGUUUGACCAAACAAUCGGACCAACUUGCCAGGCCCAGGUCGGUGGAUAUAUCGUUCCGAACCCUCCCGCUCAAUAUGGCGGCCGAAUCGCUGCCUACUCAGUCUACCAAGCCGGUACCCUGGCCUCAAUUGUCUUGAUCAACUCGAACCCUGCCAAUGUCUCGGAGCCCAACAAGCCCAGCCUCACCUGGGACUUGUCCCUGCCAAAGCAAUUUGCAGGACAGGAAUUGUACCUGGCCUAUCUCACCAACGACGGAGCGGAUGCAAAGCACGGUACAACCUGGAACGGCGUUAGCUACGAGCAGAGCGGUGACGGCACACCUACCAGGGUGAAUAGCACUGUUGAAACCGUCAAAAUUGGCAGUGAUGGGAGUGCCAGCAUCGUGGUGCGUGAUUCGCAAGCUGUCAUUGCCAAUAUUGGAUCUCCAGUUGGCGAGCGAAAGCCCAACGCCAGUGCCUGCUCCAAACUGGCCGCCAGCACCCCUGAUGCUCGCCCUGUCACAACUCCAGUCGGUACAAAUGUGCCGGCUGCUACAUCUACUUCUGACAGCUCAUCCUCCUCGUCAUCGAGCCAUUCAGAUAGUUCAACCCAGUCGAACGCCGCAUCGACAACAGGAAGCAGUGCACGCGCAAGCCCCACGAGUGGAGUUGCGGGCCUUUCUAGGAUGAUGUUAACAACGCUUGCUUCAGUGGCGCUGACUGGAGUCUAUCUUGUCUGCCUAUAA